GCGCUGCUGCCUCCCCGCGCACUGCCCGAGCAAACGGCAGCGGGGGCGAGUUCCGGCGCUUAAAUACCCCCGCCCCGACCCGCCCCCUGCCCGUCCCCGCCCCGCGCACCUGGACGGGCCCCGCCUCGCACACCUGUGCGGGCCCCGCUCCGCCCCGGCCCCGCCCCGGCCCCGCCCCGGCCGCGCCGUUUAAAGCCGGCAGAGCCGCGCUCGUCCCGAGUUUGUGGAGGAACCUCGGACCGGGAUGCUGCGGGAGCGAUCGGCGCGUCGGAGGACCGAGGGUGGCGAUGGAGCUCGGCAGGAGGACCGGGACAAGGAUCGGGGCCAGGACCGGGACCGCGACCGGAGGAGCGAGGCGGCCCCAGGAGCUGGCACUGACCGUGCCGCGGCUCGGGCACAGGCUGCUCCCAGCUCUGCCUGCGGAACUUCGGCAAUUACCGACAGCAGUUCUUUGCCCUGCCAUCCAGAAGGUGCGGCUCAUCUGACACCAGCCAGACGGGGAAGGCCCUGCCUGGGAGGGAAACGGCUACAGGGGAGGAAACCAAGAAAUGCUCCAACCGGAUGGUGCUGCGCGAGUCAAAAGAGGGGCAAGACCGCGGGCAAAUACAGUCAGGAAAUGAGCUUUUAUUCAAUCUCUGCAGGAGCCCUUCGCAGCCACGGGCCGGAGGGAGCGCGGCCGGCUGGGCUGUGCCCGGCUGGGGACGGGCACCAAUUCAUCGCUGCCCUGCUCAGGGAGGUUUUCCGGCCCCGUCCGGGCUUCACCCAACGGCUGCAAAGGUGCUCGUGCGGCAUCCGAGCUCAUUUCAGGGAUAAAGGAGCCAAACGAGUCCGGAGGGAUCCCUCGCUCCGAGGCAAAGGCGUUUGGUCGAGUGUCGCCGCCUGGUCCCGCCUGCGGGGGAGCGUCUCCUCCAGGUGAAUUGUGCACAAGCCAGUCCCCCAUUCCCUAUCCAGGCUGGGAGUGCUCUUGCCCUUGGUACAGAUGGCUCUGGCUGGGCAGGAACUGAGAGCAGGACACGGGGCAGAGUGGAUCAGCUGCCCAGGGAACCUCUAGGAGAUGAAGCUACGGGAUCCUCAUUCCAAUCAAGGGAACACAUUCUGUCUCUGGCAGGAGCCGGGAGCCAAAGCAGAUCCCGCCUGGCCAGGCUGGGGGGCAGCAGUUGGAUCCACUCUGGGGGAAAGCCCCUGUGCCUGCCAGGAGCUCUGACUCUGUUUGUCCUGCCAGCUCCUGACCAGUGUCAGGGCCCCUGGGAGGGAUUCAGAAUCCAAAGAAACCCCAAAUCCUACCGCAGGAUUCAAUCAAAGGAAGAAAGCCAUUAUUGUCAUAAAAAGCUUAAAAAGCUGUUAAAAAUUCUAGGACAGCAAUACUGGGAUUCCCAGGAAACUUA